AUAUAUGAUUUCUGUACUCAUACAGAACUACAGAGAAAUGUAAUGUUAUUUGUAAUAUAUCCAGAAUCUCAUUAUUCUAAUAUUUGUAUUCCUGACUUUCGAAAUUGUAAUGCACUGUCCUCGUCACGACGCCUUUAUCGGUAUUAUUCAAGUUCAGAACUGAAAGUCUAUUUUCGAAAAUGAUUCCUUUCAGCUGAGAACUUAAAAAUGGUCCAACAGUAACGACAUAGUACAGUCACAAAUAUAGUAAGAUAGUAAACAAAAAUAAAUUUCAGCUUCAAACAGAAUGGGUAACGUAGCAUAAGGUAACAAAGAACUAAUUUACAGAUAUAGGCUGUCCAAGAAGUACCUAUUAUGAAUCUGCUAAUUUUGACCUUUAUGUAACACAUCUCUAUAUUUUUCGACUUUUUCAUCAAUGUAUAUAUUAAGAAUAAAUAGAUCUAUUGAAUCUUACAUAAUUUAUCAGACGUGGAAAAAUCUUCUUCAGAUUUGCUGUAAAAGAAUAAAUUAUACGACACAAUCUAGUGGGCGCUGUACGACGUUCAAAUUUCUGUAUGGACGUUACCCAUUCAAAAACCAUCCACACCCGCGCUUAGGCACCUUAAAUAUUUACGUUUCUAUUCUGCACCUGGUUGCGUAGCAAUUGAAAAAUUAAAAUGAAAACUGAAAUGAUUAAUAAUGAAGGUAAUAUUUUACCUUCCACAGCAAUAUCAAUUAAAGUAACAAAUAUUUUGACACCAUACAUCAUAAGAAUUUUAAAACAAAAAGAUUACAAGAAAAAAUUAAAUUUAAUUAACAAAAAGUUAAUGUUGUUGGAGAAAAAAGGAAUGUUAAAUAUUGAUGUAGAACGUGUAGAACCAAAAAUUGGAAAUGUGGUUAUAGUACAUGAUAAGUUAGAUAAAGAUUUAGAUCUUCCAGCUUGGUUGUGCAGAGGGAUUAUUAACAGUAUUCUAGAUGAUAUGAAAAAUAUAUAUAAUGUAUUUUUACCAGAUUAUGGAAUAGCAGUUGAAUUACAGAGAAAUGAUUUUUGUAUGUCUUCAACUGACUUAAUUUUAGAUGAGUAUUUAACUUAUACUGUUGGUUUAUAUGACAUUUUACCUGCUGCCUUAAAGUAUAACUCACCGGCACAAGGAGAAAGUUCACUUUUGGUUUCAGAGGAAUGGAAUGCAUUAGCAAUUCAAUAUAUAAAAGAUUUAAUGGUAGCAUCUAGCACAAUUUAUUUUGAUCAUUUAGCAUCUGAUGAGCGAGGUAAACAAUAUGGUGAAUUUUACCUUAAUAUUGGAGGUAUUAUAAUAAGUUUAAGUGAGGCUUUAGUUCUUAAUAAUACUGCCAUUUAUUUACGAGAAGGUAUGAUGAAAUUUUUACAAAAUUUGGUAAAAUGUGAGAAACUGGAAAAUGAUAUAAUCAACGAUGAAAUAAUACUUUAUAAUAUUUCAAAAGAGUACAAGAAAAGUGAAGAAACUAAUGCACAAAAGGAAAGUUUUAUAAAAAGAAUGAACAAGUUCAAAGGGAGAAAGCAAUUAUAUGAUAAAGUAAGAAAGGGUAAAGAAAAAGUAUUAAUUUAUGGGAAAAUUAAAUUUGAGUGCUUGCAAACAAUUUCAGACUUAAAGUUUCCUGCUGAAAUACAUAAGGCUUGGAAAUCAUUAAUAAAGUCAUUUAGUCCAAAAAAACUUCAAUCAUAUAUUUUACCAGCAAUAAAAAGUGGUUUAGAUGUAAUAGCAAUUGGAGCAGCACAGUCUGGUAAAACUCUUGGAUAUACAUUUGCUAUUUGUGGACUUUUGGCUUCGAAAUUAGAUCUUCCCCGAGGUGUGAAUCCAGUUGCAUUGAUACUGUGUUCAUCAUCGUCCAAAGUGUUAGAAGUUCAUUCCUUGUUCACGGAAUUUUUACAAAGGUACAAGACUAUUGAAUCUGUUGCUGCUAUUAAUGGUAAAUCAGAAAGAUCUUUAGUGGCUGAAAUGUUUAACGGAUGUCAGAUUUUAAUAUCUACACCAAGAUUUUUAACUGGUUUUAUAGACCAGAACAGAAAAUUAUUGAAAUUCGAAAGUCUCCAAUAUUUAAUUUUAGAUGAUGGUGACGUUAUUUUGGAUAAAUAUUUUGACUCUAUAAGCAAACUAUUUAAGAAGCAUAAAAUUAUUCAUAACAGAGAAUUAAGAAAUACAAAUGGAACAUUACAAAUCAUAAUAACUGCAAAACAUUGGACACCACAGCUUAAAAAAAUGGCAGCUGUUUUAAUGGACUGUCCAUACAUGUGUAUAGCAUCUUUUAUAGAAGCUACAAUUUUUAAAUCUGUGUACCCAAAGAUGUACAUAGUAAAUUCAAAGACUAAAGAUAGAAAGCUUUUAGAUUUACUAAGCAACGAAUUUUCUAAACUGAGAACUGUAAUAAUUUGCACAAAUAGUGCUGAGGCUGAAAAGGUGCAUAAGUUUUUAAAACAAAGUAUUAAAGAUAUACUUUUAGCUCAUGAAGAUAUGAAUCUCAUUCACUUGCAAGGUAUUAAACAAUGUUGGGAUGCUUGUGUAAGCGAUUCUUAUCCAGUUUUAAUAUGUACAGACGAAGUUUUGUCAGAUCUAGAUAUUACAAAUGCUACUUGGUUAAUACAUUAUUCCAUUUCUCUACGGUUUAAAACUCAAUUUAACUUUCGGUUUUCAACGCUCUUCGACAACUUGCAAGAAGAAAAAUCCACAUGCAAAGUAACUAUUUUGGUAGACGAAAAUAAUGAUAUACAGUUUUUAAGUAUAAUAGAAAUAAUGCAACGCAUAAACGUUGUAAUUCCGCAAAGUUUAUCAGAGAACAUUGAGCAUAUAAGAACAGCUUUAGAGAAAAAAAAAGAUAACUAUCCUUUGUGUAACAACAUAAAGUUAUGGGGAUUUUGUUACAAAAAUCAUUCUUGUACAUUAAGACACAAGAUAAUUUCAGAAUUGGAUGCACCGAUUAUAGAUAUUCGAAUGAAGGACAAAGUAAAAUUUAGAAUAAUCAGCAUACACAAUGUUACUCAAAUUUCUGCUAGGAUUAUAUCGUAUAUUAAAUUUGAUACGUCGGAAGAAAUAGAACUUUCAAAUGUACAAUACAUGGAAAUUAUUAUAAAAAUUCAAGAAUUUUAUUCAUCUGUCGACAACAGAAGAAAUUGCGAAUCAAUAUAUGUAGGAUGUAUAUGUGGUCUGGAAGAACCAGUAGACUGCUAUAAAAGAGUACAAAUUUUACACAUUGAUGAAGAAGACGAAAUGGAUAAACCAAAAUACGCAGAUGUUAGAUGUAUUGAUAAUGGGGUGAUUUUGAAGAAAGUGAAUAUAUAUAGAUUGUUACAUAUGCCAGAAGAAUUGAUAAAAUAUCCAGCACAAGUAGUGGAUGUAUUUCUUACCGAUAUAGCUCCGCAUGACGAUGAAUACGUUUGGAAUAGAUGUGCUAUCGAUACUGUAUUUCAAUGGUUCAAAGAUAAUGUCGAUGGAAGGUCUUAUGUGAUAGGAACGGUAAAUCUACAUCUAAAAAACACAAUAUGGGUUAACACUUUGGAAAUUGGGACCAAAUUAAUUGGAUACAAAGAUAUAGUUGGAUCUUCUUUAAAAACAGAAUUAAUAAAAAAUGAUCAUGCUGUUGAAAAUCCUGAACAUUUACAACAAAUGUAUCAACUUUGUAAAGAUGCUGGUUUAUUAGAACUUAAUGGGUACAAUUUAAAUGUUUUAAUGAAUAAAUAAGUAUAUUCACCGAUCGAAGAGUUUUAUAUAUUUUGAACAUUCUGAAACUGUAAAAGGUCGAAAAACGAAAAAUGGAAAACGGAAAACGUCUUUAAGGUUUAUUGAUAUCAAAAUCUUAUGUAUAAUAAUUUUUAACAAUUUAUUUAUUAGUUACUAUUUAUAUUCUACAAUUUUUAAAGUGAAACCGUAUUCCUUUACAAUUAAUUUACCUCUUAAAUCUAUGUAAACGACAAUACUCAUGAAAACUAAACAUGAAAUAUUGAAGAAAAUAAUUUAUGUGGAUGUACAAUUUUCAAAUUUUAUACAAUAGUCAGAUAUUCGGAGGCGAGCUGUAUCGGAUCAACGUGAUAGGAAGUAACUAAACGGACUUUCUGACCAUCUUGUGUCGUGAAUUCGAUUGCUUGUUCAUUUUCGGUGAUACCUGAUUGCUCCGAUUCUUCCAUAUGAUUAAUUGUUGCAACUGCAUUUGCAUCCGUAUUUUCAUCCUAUCGAACAUAUUUAAUUAUAUACACUUAAUUCCUAUAUAAUUGAACUACUAAAAUAAUCGUAAUGUCGUCUCCUUGUGGCCUUAUUAUUUAAUAAUUUCAAAAAUUUAGUUAAUAAUAUUACCUCUAAUGCUUUUACAAUUGCUUCUGCAUCAGUUUGUACACUUGAAAUAUUUUUUAUUUUUACUUCUUCGGUGCUCGCAAUGUUAACGCUCUUCAUGUCAGAAUCUUGAUUGACAUGAACGCUUAACGGUGCUGCUAAUUCAUCUGCGAUUACUCCAGGAUGAACUCUAAUUUCUUGACCGUUAUUAAGUUGAUUCACAAACUGACUCUGAGAUAAAAGUUGCCGGGCAUCUUGAAUU